AUGCCGAUGUCAUUUCCAGCGUCAGUAGCCAAAAAAAUUAGAUUGGCCAUUUUACACAAGUGCAAAUGCAACGGCCGAAAACGUCGGGAGGACUCAACUGUUCUUCAUUACAGUCAUUGUAAUUUAUCAAAUGUACCAGAUGAUGUCAUGUAUUACGAGCAUUCACUUGAAGAAUUAUAUCUUGAUUCAAACUGUUUGCAAGAGUUGCCAAAGUGGUUAUUUCAAUGUCAUGGACUGAGGCAUUUAAAUGUAUGCGAUAACGAAUUAAUAUCAAUAUCACCAUCAAUAUCAAGUCUGAUCAGUCUAGAGCAUAUUGAUUUGAGUAAAAAUGAUUUGACUUCAUUACCCGAUAACAUUCGGUAUUGUAAACACUUAACAAGCAUUGAUUGCAGUUCAAAUCGAUUAGAAAGAUUAUGCGAAGGUCUGACUAUGUUGAUUAAUUUGAAAGAAUUGUAUUUAAAUGAUACAUUAUUAGAAUUUUUGCCUGGAAAUUUUGGACGUCUUACAGAAUUACGUGUCUUAGAGUUGAGAGCGACCCGCUUACGUUCGCUUCCUGUGACAUUGCCAAAAUUGGUUGAACUUGAACGUCUUGAUCUUGGUACAAAUUCUUUUAUUGAAUUCCCUGAUGUUUUAACAAAUCUUCCAUCUUUAAAAGAAAUGUGGCUAGAUGCUAAUAAAUUAUCAACACUCUCGGAUUCCAUCCAUAAUUUGACUAAAUUAUCAUUUUUUGAUGUGUCACACAAUCAACUAAUAAAACUACCAGAUACGAUUGGUAAUUGUUCAUCGUUAAUCGAUUUACAUUUAUCAGAUAAUUCGUUGAUUUCGUUACCAGAGUCAAUUUGUAAUCUAGACAAGUUAGAAAUAUUAACAUUGUCCAACAAUCAUCUGGAACGUUUACCAGUAAACAUUGGCAAUUUAAGUUCACUAGUUGAGCUACAUCUGCCAUUUAAUAACUUGACUUGUAUCCCAUCAAGUAUUGGUUUAUUAAGAAAUUUACAAUUUUUAACAAUGGAUGGAAAUCAAAUACAUUCUGUACCACCAACUAUUGGCAGUUGUUGUCGUCUGAGUGUAUUAUCAUUACGAGGAAAUUGUAUAACUCAUCUACCAGAUGAAGUAGGACGUUUAGCGCAAUUGAAAGUAUUAAAUAUUAGUGCUAAUCGUCUCAAGUAUCUACCAUAUAGUCUUCUCAAGUUGAAAAAUUUACAAGCAUUAUGGUUGAGUGAAAAUCAGGCUAAACCGCUAUUAUCAUUCGAACACGAACGAGAUCCAGUUACUGGACAACGUUUUCUAACGUGCAUUUUAUUACCACAGCGUGAAGUUUCAAAAUAUAUGGGUCCUACUCGUUAUUCAAAUGAUGUUGAUGAGCAGUGUUUUGACCAAGAAGAUCGUCCUCUUACAUUACGUUUUGCAAGUGAUACAAUUGGGGAAUCGGGUGGACGUUUAGUACGAAAUCCAACUCCUUAUCCUAAAGAUAUGCGAGCCUUCGCCAAUGUUCUUCGAAAAUAUAAUUCAACUGCCAAGCGUCAAAUCUUGUCAUCGGGAUAUGGUUCAAUAUCCGUAAAUGAGACAGAUAUUUGUACUAAUAAUUAUCCGCAUGAUUAUCCAACAGAAAGUUCAGAUGCAAUUUGUUGUCCUAUUGCUAAUAAUCAUGAUAUCGAUGAAGAUGAAGAUGAUCUAUUUUGUAAUGAAACGGUACCAGUUUGUAUUAAUGAGACACGACCUGAUCUUCUAUUAUCCAGUAAUUCAUCUGUGAUUGAACAACGACAUAUAGAUGAUGGUAUUUAG